UGCGUUAAUAGAACGUUCUCAUGUGUUUAUACAAUUCCUGAUUGGGAUUGGCGGGCCCGGAGAAGCCAAGACAUUUCCGAGCUCACCACUGUUUAUCGAACAGGUCAUUACCUACAUCCCAUCAUUUGAUGCCGUUAAACACGGCCCCGCACGUCUCAUAGCCGCACCAAGGGUGACCUGAGCUCAGGAAUUCAUUACUCAAAGCAUCAAACAGCUUCUAUCUCCUGAAGGACAGCUUGUUCCACGCGUUCCGCUGUCCUGCGACUUUUGAAGCUACCCCCGUUCCGACGCGAGAUUCCACAUACCCACCCCCAACGAUGGAUUUCGACGUCGGCGAUGUCGUCCGUACGGCAAACAACAGGUUGGGAACAGUCCGAUACAUAGGAGGCGUGACAGGGAAACCGGACACAUGGGUCGGAUUGGAGCUAGAUGGGCCUGAAGGGAAGAACGAUGGAUCGGUCCAAGGCGAACGUUAUUUCGAUUGUCCCCCUUUACACGGCAUCUUCACAAAAUACUCAGAUAUCACACAAUUGGUCUCACCUGCAUCAGCGCCUGCUCCGUCGCCCUCACCGGCUCCACGGAAACCCCCCUCGCGGCUCGGUGCCAAACCCCCUGCAAAAGCCCCUGCCGCCAGACAACCUUCUGCUACCACCACACGAUCGCAGCGACUUUCGAGCGUCGGUUCCGCUAGUGCUGCUACUGGGACACGCUCACCUACGAAACCCCCUUCGAGACUCUCCGGUGUUCUGUCGCCCACAAAACCUCCCUCGAGACUCUCUGGAGUCGCAUCGCCAACAAAACCAGCCCCACGACGACUUUCUGGUGCGAAACCACUCACACAAUCGCGUCCCUCGCUUAGCCAGACACGAUCUCCAGCUCCUGGGACAACAAGACCUUCGUCGCAAACCUCUCGGCCUUCAAGUGGCAUUGCUGCAACGAAAUCUGCUGCGCCGCCGCCGCUCGCUAAACGCCAAUCACUCGGCGGCUCAUCCGCUGGGGGGAUUCGACCUGGUCUUGCCAGAAAGCCAAGCGCGACACCGUCUGCCACAUCGUCUAUAAGUGCAACAUCACGGAAUGCAGGGGCGAGCUCAACAACAUCGGCGGCUUCGAAAACGCCCAAAGACCCGGCUUCGCAAGCACUGGAGACUAAAAUCCGGCAACUUGAAAAGCAACAUGCGGAGCAGCAGACCACUAUCGAGGAACUGAUGCCGUAUAAGACGAAAUCGGAGAAGCACGAAGCAUUGGCACUGAAGGUCUCCAAGAAAUAUCAAGAAUCGCACCAGGAACUUCAAGAGGCAAAACGCGAGGCAUCAAGUGCUACCGCAGAGUUGGAAAAGGCAAGGGAGGAGUUUGAGAUUAACCUCGAGAGUGCAAUCCUGGACAAAGAAACCGCAGAAGUAGAAAGAGACCAGCUUUUGGAUCAAACCGAGGUGCUCAAGGCCACUAUUGAAGAGCUUCAAUUAGACAAGGAAAUCUACGAAGCGGAAGCGGAAGCCUCGCUCAUCGUCGAUGAUGACAUGUCGGAUGAACAGGCACAAACCGUACAUAUACGCAAAUUACAGGCUGAGAAUAAGCGACUUCGAUCGGUCAUCGUGGAUUUCAGAGACAUCGACAAGGAGCGUCAAGCCGACACCAAGAGGCUCAGAAAUGAACUGGAAGUCACAACUGAAUCGGCGGAAGAAAGUACGAAGCAGUGCACUGAGUUAAGCCUCAAGGUUGAGCAACACGAAUCUACCAUCACCACUUUACAGGAACAAUUGGAUGCCAACAAUGAAUGGGAAGAGAUGUUCGAGGAACUCACUCAUCGUGUGAGUGAUCUAGAAGAAAAGAAUACUCGUCAAUCGCUCGAGAUCAAGGAGCUUGAAAUGGUGAACGAAGUCAGCACCGAAACGAUUGCCGAAUACGUCGAGUUUACAAACGACUUGCAAGCCGAAGCUGGCCUCCGGGAGACCGAGCUUGCAGAAAUGUCAAGAGAGCUGGAGCAAGAGCGUAUUCAAAACGCACAGAAGGACACUACCCUAGCCAAGUACAGUGAAGCGUUCUCAGACUUCCAGAACCAGCUUCAAGAUCAAGACAUGCAGCAGCUCAUGAGCGAAGAGAAGGCACAGGGUAUGACGGACAAGUUCAACAAGAUGAUGGAUCUGCACCGCACUCUACAGGCUGACAGGGCCAAAGAAACGGCCAAGACGAUUGAAACUGAACUUACUAAACUGUCGGAGAGGGAGGCCCGGGAAGAGUUGGAGAUCUUGAAGAACUACCUUCCCGAAACCUCGGUAGAUUACAUGGACAGUUCGCUGCGCACUUACUUCAGAGCCAAGAAGAUUGCCUACAAGGCUUCUUUGGUCGGCUCCGUUCUGACCGGCAUGGAAACUUUCACCAAUGAGGGCACUGAGAAGGUUCUCACCAACGUCUACCGCCACGAUACGGUCCAUCACCUUGAUUACAUCCGGAGCCACGGCGAGCAUUUCGUGGCGACCCUCGCCAACUGCACAUUAGAGCAGUUCAGAAGGGCCGUCACCGAAUACGAAGAUAUUUCUGUGGUGGAAACAACAAUUGAGCGCACCCUGGAUAAUCUGAAGAGGGAUGAAUUGAAUAUGAAGGACCUCUCGGAAUCCGUCCGCGGCACCGACAAAAUUAUGCGUGGCAUUACCUCUAUAUCACAACGCUUGUCUAGCGUUCGCCCAGACAAUGAUCUUGUGUUAUACGUGUCGCUACUUCGGUCCAGCCUUGAGCGUAUCCGGGCUUCAUUCGAUGCUGUGAAGCAGUACACCCAGCUGGUCGCCGAUUUCGAGCCAGAAACUGAGGAUCGUCUUGACGCUCUCGUGGAGCGCUUACGGAAACCCCAGACGACUGCACUGGAAUGUAUUAGUGUUGUUGGAAAGCUCAGCCAAGCGCUUCUCACUCUCCAGAGUGAUGAUCUGUAUCCGCAAUUUCCCUCUGGUGCGCAAGAAGUUUUGGAGAUUAGCGAAAGUCUGUCAUCUUAUGCAGACAAGGCCCACGAAUUCACGAGACAGGUGAUUGCGUUCGAUCCCAACGAAGAAGAAGAAGACGAGACGCCUUCUAUCGACAUUGAAGAGCUCACUGCCGCUGUGGAUAAGGCCAUGAAGGUCUUUUCGCCCAAGGAUAUGGAUAGUAUAUUGAAGGACAUUAAGAGUAGUGUUACGCACUGGUACGAAUACGCUUCCGUCCUCAACAACACUGCAGAAAUCGAACGCCUGCCCUCGCCGUGGGUAGUCCGCGCCCAAGAGAUCGAAGCCAGCAAAAAGCACGCCAUCGAUUCAGAGAAGAAGCUUCAACUCCUCACUGCCGAACAUCAAUCCACCCUCAUCCAAAUUCGCGAACGCGAAGAAAUCAUCGAUACCAAAGAUCUCGAAAUCGAGCAUCUGCGCGCCAAGCACAAGGAGGCCAUCACCAAAACCGAGAACCUCGACGCCCUCCAGAAAGAACUGCAAGAGACCAAAACUGAGCAAGCAACGCACAAACGCGAACUCAAGAAAUACGUCGAGGAAAUCGAGCAGCUCCGGCAAAACGCCGCCGAAACACAGCGAGCCUCGCCAAACGCGUCUACAGCAAACGCCGGAUCUGCAGACAACAGCAACAACGCAGCUGCGCCCACGACGGUACAAAAGAUUGAAAAACCUGCGCUCGACAAGGAACACCUUUCAGGCUCUUUCGCCACCUUCAUCAAUGCCCUCAAGCAGGAAAACACGUGGCUCCGUCAACGCGAAUCUGCCAAAUCUAUGGAACGCGUCGCCGAUUUCUUGCCCCCGCUCCGCAAGGCGCCGGAUUCGCGGGACAGAGUUGCGAAAGCUGAGGAGCUGCUCGAGAUGGCGUGGACCUUGCCAUCUUUCUCCGAAGAAGAGGACUCCGAAGAAGAGGAUGUUGCUGACGAGAAAGUCAAAACUACGGCUCCUCGGCCCGCAAAACGCGGCUCCUCUUUGCGUCUUGUGAGCAAUGAGGAGAGCGCGUUCAUGGAAGAUUUGUGCUUUUUGGAUCUUGAGCCUGUUGCCGACGGAUUUGAGGAGUUGCUGCUUGCUGAGAUGAUGAACUAA